CGCCGCAAAUGUGUCAGGGCGAGUGUCAUUAUGUAAUUACCGCCCGGUGCGGACGCUUUCAACCCGUUAUGGUGUAGAAUCGCAACGGGGCCCGUCAGCCGAAACGAUGGAUAGAGAAAAAGAGGGGAGAUCUGCGUCCUCCGCCAAAAUGACCAAAUCACCAAGCAACGAAAGUGUACAAGUGGUGGUUCGAUGCAGACCAAUUUCUGAUAAGGAAUUGGAAAGCGAAUGCACUCAGGUGGUGAAUGUUUAUGCUAAAAGGGGUGUUAUUGAAGUUGAAAAUCCUAAAGCAAAAACUGAUAAUGAAAAGAAUAAAAUUUUUACAUACGAUGGGGUUUAUGAUUGGAACUCAACACAGCAAAGUUUAUAUGAUGAAACUGUACGUCCACUGGUGGCUUCCGUUUUAGAAGGUUAUAAUGGUUGCGUUUUCGCUUACGGCCAAACAGGAACUGGAAAAACUUACACAAUGGAAGGAACCGAUGAGGAUGAAGAUGAUAAAGGAAUAAUUCCUCGUGCUUUUGAACAAAUUUGGUCGCACAUAAACCGAACAACCGGCGUGGAAUUUCUCGUUUCCGUUCGUUACCUCGAAAUUUACAUGGAAGAAAUUCGAGAUUUAUUAAAAUCAAAAAAUACAAAACCUUUAGAACUACGAGAAAUGGCUGGACAAGGAGUUUUUGUAACGCAUUUGCAUUCGCAAACGUGUCAAAGCGCUGCCGAUAUGUUAAAAGCGAUGAAAGUUGGAAAUCAUAACCGUACCACAGGCGCAACGAAUAUGAACGAGCAUUCGUCGCGUUCACACGCAAUUUUUCAAAUUUCCAUUGAGAUGGCGGAAACGGAAAAAAAAUCAGUGAAAGUUGGGAAAUUAAAUUUGGUUGAUUUAGCGGGAAGCGAACGCCAAUCGAAAACAGGCGCAACCGGCGAUCGUUUAAAAGAAGCUAGCAAAAUUAAUAAAGCCCUGUCUUCUCUGGGAAACGUCAUUUAUGCUUUAGCAGAAAAUUCGGCUCAUAUCCCUUACAGAGAUUCAAAAUUAACACGGUUAUUACAAGAUUCUUUAGGGGGAAACAGUAAAACGAUUAUGAUCGCAAAUAUAGGCCCUGCAAGUAUGAAUUACGACGAAACUAUAAUCACUUUACGUUAUGCUUAUCGCGCUAAAUCAAUUAAAAAUCAACCGGUUAAGAACGAAGACAUAAAAGACGCAAAAUUAUUAGAGUUACAACAAGAGAUUGAAAGAUUGAGGCAAUUAAUCGCGGAAAAAAGCAACGGCAAGUUUAAUUUGGAGAAUAUCGAGUCCGAAUUAGACGACUUGAAUAGCGAAGACGAUAGCGAAGAUGACGAAUCGAAAGUGAAACAAAAAAAAGAAAAAGAAAAACAACUCGAAUUAAGUAAAAUGGAAAUUGAUGAAUUAGGAAAAAAAUUAAAAUCCCUCGAAAAACAGAUGGUCCAUGGUGGAAAAAAUAUUAUCGAUAGUGUUAACGAGAAUGAAGUUAGGUUAGAACAACAAAGAGCUGAAAUUGCAGCUAGAAAGGUAAAAAAACCUACCUAUGUGAAGUUACUCAUAAAUUCCAUUCAUAAAAAAAAUUUUUUGUUUGUGUAUAUCGAUUUUAAUGAUUAAUAGCUCAUUAGAAAGAUCUUGUAGAGUAGAGCCUAACAUCUUUUGGGUGGGAACACCAAAAACAGUGAAAUACAUAAAAAAUUCUCUAACUUUAUAGUCCGAAAAAUUUAAAACUAUAAUAUCAGGUAUAAUUACUAAAUCAAAAUGCGUAUACUGUCUUCUACACAAAAUUGUAUUUUCGUCGUCGCUAAAUUAUAUUGGUAAUUAGAAAAGUGUAACAAUACACGAACCUGUUUCCACACGUACAUGGCGCUUUGAAAAGCAAAAUUAUAUUAAUGUGUGAUACCUUUUUGGAAAGGGUUCCUCCUGUAGAUCAUGUCAUAGUAAUGGCGGCACGAAAUUCUAACAAUAACGGU